AUGGCAGAGAAGCGGCGUUCCCCGUGCGCGCUGAGCGUCAAGGCGCACGCCUUCUCCGUGGAGGCGCUGAUCGGAGCGGAGAAGAGACGCAGGACGGACGAGGCCGUGUCCCCCGGGUACGAGGACGGGACCGAUGUCUCCGAUCUGACCGGGAGCCCGGGGCCGAGGGCUGACCGAGCGUGCACCAAGGAGCAGGGCAGCGAGGCCGAGUGUGCGAGUGACGGAUCCCCGGAGAGCGAGGACGCGCUGCUGGAGAGCCCGCAGCCCGCCGCGGUGUGCACGGUCACAGCCGCCGGGGACGAGGCCCGAGUGGACCUGCAGGGAUCGGACCUGUGGAAACGGUUCCACGAGAUUGGCACGGAGAUGAUCAUCACCAAGGCUGGACGGCGGAUGUUCCCCGCAAUGCGUGUGAAGAUCACGGGCUUGGACCCACACCAGCAGUAUUACAUAGCCAUGGAUAUAAUCCCCGUGGACAACAAACGAUACAGGUAUGUGUACCACAGCUCCAAGUGGAUGGUAGCGGGGAAUGCGGACUCCCCUGUGCCGCCCAGAGUGUACAUUCACCCGGACUCCCCGGCCUCAGGAGAGACGUGGAUGCGUCAGGUGGUCAGCUUCGACAAACUCAAACUGACCAACAAUGAGCUCGAUGACCAGGGACAUAUCAUUCUUCACUCCAUGCACAAGUACCAGCCGCGGGUCCACGUGAUCCGCAAAGAGUGUGGAGAGGAGCUCUCCCCAGUGAGAGCCGUUCCUGCCGGGGAAGGCACCCGCACCCUCGCCUUCCCUGAGACUGUGUUCACCACAGUCACAGCAUAUCAGAAUCAACAGAUAACAAGGCUGAAAAUUGACAGAAACCCAUUUGCCAAAGGCUUCAGAGACUCUGGCAGAAACCGGAUGGGUCUGGAGGCUUUGGUCGAAUCUUAUGCCUUCUGGCGUCCUUCUCUGCGAACGCUCACAUUUGAAGACAUCCCUGGCAUGGCCAAGCAAGGAAUCCCAGGAGCUCAUGGAGGGGUCGGAGCAACAUCUCACCUGCUCUCCGCGUCCCCAUGCUCCUCACCUUUCCAGGUUUGCUCUCUCAGCCCACCUGACUACACCUGCAGUCGACCUACACACCCACUCCAUCGGUUCAGCAACGGCCACGAGCCAUACCCCCCUCCCAGAGGUCCAUCGGCGUAUGACGGUGAAGGAUUCUGUACCCUGCCUCUUCCUGCUUCCCAACUUGGCUAUCUAUCCAACCACAACCCGCAGGGUUACGCUGGUCUCCGCCUCCACACACCGCCCUACAGCCUGUACGGUUACACAUUCCCUCCCUCACCACGCCUCGCUGCCAGCCCUGAUAAAAUGGCGGCUGCAACUGCCAAUCAUCAGAGUCCCUUCCUUGGCUCGUCUCCUAGUGGGACUCUAACGGACAGUCUGGGUAUGCUCAGUGGAGGACAGCAGGGCUUUUUGUUUGACUCUCGGACUUUAGGACUAGCAGGUACUCAACCAGGAGGUGGGGCCUCACAGGUCACUGCCCACAUGGGUUGA